AUCUUUUGUGACGUAACUUGUUCUUGAACAUUGCUCUGUCUGUGUUCAAAAUGAGGUCUUUCAGCAAGAGUUUAUCUACUGCAUGUGUAGUGGUUUCUAUUAUCAUCUUUCUUGUUCAUGCAGCGCCCUUUGACAAAGAAAAUAUUGAUGGACAACAACUACCUCGCGAUGCUUCCAUUCGAGAAACGAGAAGUGCAGGAUUGUCGCCAGUGGAUGACCCUACCACGAUAGCUGAAGAGGAAAAUAAAGUGGACAAAACGCUACAAGUUCAGAGACAACGCAGAGAUUCGGACGAUGAUUUUGAGGAUGAUGACGAAGACUUGGAAAAGCGUAGUUUUGAUGACGAAGAUAUUAAUGAGAAUUCAAAUGUAGAUGUGGAAAAAGAGACUGAAAAAAGAGAAGACGACUAUGAAGAUAUCUACAAAAGAGAGGACGACGACGAUGAUGAUGAUGGUCGUGAUGAUGAUGAGGAGGAGGAGGAUGAUAGCACCGAUGGUUUAGAAAAAAGAGAUGAUGAGGAUGAGGAUGAUGACGAGGAAGAUGGUGAUGAGGGUGAUGAUGAUGAUGAGGAUGAUGAUGAUGAUGAAGAAGAAGAAGAAGAGGAUGAUGAUGAUGAUGACGAGGAUGAUGAUGAUGAUCAGGAGGAGGAUGAUGAUGAUGGAAAGGAUGAGAAAAGAGAUUACGAAGAGGACGAUUUAGAAAAGAGAGAUGACAGUGAUGAUGGGGAUGAUGAUGAUGAUUUACAAAAGAGAGACGAUGAUGAUGAAAACGGGGAUGAUUUAGAAAUGCAGGAUGAUGGCGAUGGUGAAAAUGACGACGAUGAGAGUUGGAAUGACAGCAACGAAGAUAAGAGAGAAACAGCCGGCGUAGAUAUUGAUGACGACGACGAUGAUGAUGUAGAUGUUAAUGUUCAGUCAAAAAGGAGUGAUAUAGAGAGCUACUCAGAUAAUGACAUCGAGCAACAUGAUAUUCAAAAACGAAAUAUAGCUGUCAUUAAUGACUGGGUGUCAACGAAAAACAGAAAACGCCGUCAAGUGGAAGAUGAAAUAACAGAUGAAGACAUAGAUGACGAAGAUCUGGGGGAUGAUUUAAAUCAGGAUACAAUUGAAGACGAUCCCAAUGAUAUAGAUUUUGCAAGUGAUGACACUAGCGGCAUUGAAAUAAGAAACGCAGAUGAGGAUGUAGAUGACGCAAAAGACGAAGUCAAAAGGGGAUCGGAAAACUUGGAAACAUCAGAAGCAACAGAAUCUACCGAAGAUAAAGCGACGAGGGAGGUGGCAGGUAAACAGACGGAGAAAUCCGGUGACUUUGACAAAUUAAUGGAUGAAUUACAAGAAUUAUCUCUAAAAACAAAUAGUGAGGGCAAACGGGAAGAUUCAGAUAAACCCGCAGAAAAGAGAGACGCUACGGAACCGAAGGAUCCCAACAGCACGUUAUCGGCGGAGCAAAUCCAACAGGAAAUAGACAGACUGUUGAAACAGACAAGAUGAAUAACACAAGUUUAUCUUAGAUACUAAAUGCGUCAAAAUAAUCGUGAUUUUACUGAUAAAUUCUUUUACAUCGUGGUA